AUGUCUGCCAUUCGUGCUCUCCGCCAGGUCUCGCUCGUCUCUACGCGGGCCCUAGCUGUCCGCAGCGCACCGCGCUCGUUGUCGCGCGCGGCCAUGCCUGUGUUUGCUGUCCGCGCCGCACCCGCGUGUGCGGCGAGGGCGUUCUCAUUGUCCGCGCGAACUCUGGGAGAAGGCGCGUCUGACGUUGCGCUCUCGCAAAAGCUCACCGAGGAGAUGCAAUACGAAAAGGAGGCGGCUACGGAGGCGGAACCCGAUUUUCUGCGGUCGUUCAAGGCGCAGGGCGUUUGGGCGAUCGAGGAUGUUGCCGGCAAUGACGAGGUCGCGUUGACGCGGAAGUUUGGGAACGAGUCCAUCCGAAUGAUGUUCUCCAUUGCCGACAUCAAUCAGUCAGAGACCCAGUUCGAGAAUGAGGAAGAAACCGAUGGGUCUGAUGAAGAGCCCAAUCACUCAUACCCCAUCCGUUGCUCCCUCUCCGUAACAAAGUCUGCAGCGAAUGGUGCACUGACGGUCGAUGUGAUAUGCCAAGAGGGCACAUUCGUUGUGGAGAACAUCUCGUUCUAUAAGGACGCUCAGGUUGGGACGGAGUUGACCGCGGAAGCUGACUGGAGGCGCCGCGGGCUGUAUAUUGGGCCACAGUUCGACACUCUCGAUGUUAGCGUCCAGGAAGAAUUUGAGAAGUUCCUCCAGGAGCGUGGGAUCAAUGAAGCCCUGGCCUCCUUCGUCCCCGAGUACGCUGAGUACAAGGAGCAGAAGGUGCGGAGUCUUGUCAUUCUAUUGCUCGAGCUUUUCCUUAUUGGCUUUACGUUGCAGGAGUAUGUCAGCUGGCUGCAGAACGUGAAGACAUUCGUGGAAGCUUGA